UCCCUCUUUCUCUAAAUUUUGAAUUUCGUAGAAGAAGAGGUGCGAUCUACGAAGAAGAUGAAUAUGAAGAAAGCCUGUGAUCUGAAAUCGAUUUCGGUGUUUCCUCCUAACAUAAGGUAGAGAUCGAGUGUUGGACCCUGUGAACCGCAAGCAUCGCAAAAGUCUUCUCAGCCUGGUUGUUUUUCUUAGAUGAUGACUCAGAGCUCUGUCGAUCAGAGAUUUACUCGCCAAGAACGAGAUCUCUCUUUGAAGAAGAAUAGUUUCUUGGCCCCAGUCAAUCAUAAACGAGAUGAUUCAUCUCAGAUGCUUUCAUCUAGACCUUCCAGCGGAAGAUGGAGUUGUGUUUCAUCUAAAUCUCAGAUUAGUGAAGAACGCUUUGGGAUGAUGGAAACUUCGUUGAGCAAGUUUGGAAUGAUGUUAGAUUCCAUUCAGAGUGACAUCAUCCAAGCCAACCGAGGAACUAAGCAAGUCUUUCUUGAAACUGAACGCCUACAACAAAUGUUGAUUCUCCAUGACACUUCACUUCACCAGCUGAUAAAGGAACAAACAGAUUUUAAAGCCAGUCUUGAUGGAGCUGUCAAAUCUAUUCUUGAGGAACUAAGCAAAGAUCCCAAUCAAGAGAAGCUGCAAAAUAUAGCUUUCAUGUUAACAGCUAUCCCAGAUCAAGUAGAAACCGUUCUGCAGAAAAUACAAAGAGAAAUCUGCCACAAGCUUACUGGAGAGAUUCAGGUUUUGGCUAGCUCGAAGUUGCAUGAGCCAGCAAUAGCUCAGGUUCCAACAACACCAACACAAGCUAAGGAAAAUUUUCCUGAGCCGAGCGAUCCAGCGGCCAAGCUGCAGAGCAGUGCAUUUUGUAGUGAUACACUGAAAAUGAAACAACCGCAGCUUCCUAGAAAUCCAGAUAAGGCAUCAGCGAGGACAGUAAAAACAUUUUUAUCCACAAAGGCACAAGUGGGAUGUUGGAAGACGGUGAAACCAGCACAAAGAACGUUCAAGAAUAACGCAGGAAGAAAGCAAGUGAAACCUGUAGGCACUCGUACGCAGUUUGAGCAAUGCAGCGUUGUCAUAGACUCAGAUGACGAUAUAGAUGGAGGAUUUUCAUGUUUGCUGAAAGGGAGCACCAAAGGAGCUAAAUUCGAAUGGGACGCAGAGAAGGAAACAGAAAGGCUGCUGAAGACAGUAAGGAGGACCAGGAGGAAGUUCGGUAACCCCAUAAUAAUUAACUGAAAAUUAAGGUAAAGUAAUAAAGAUGAAAAAAACUAGGCUCCUCUGUUUUACAUCUAUCUUAUUAAAACAGAAACAUUUUGUUGGACCUAACAUUUAUUUUGUAAGUUUUUAAAUUAAAUACACCUUUAUACUAUAUAGUUAAACAUACAUUAAAUCACUUUAUGUUCAUUUCUUUAUACUACUAUCCAUGUUUCCAAACAAUAUACUUAUUUCUUUAUACUACUAUCAAUGUUUCCAAACAAUAUAUUUAUUUCUUUAUACUACUAUCAAUGUUUCCAAACAAUAUAUUU